GAUUCCACGAACACAUGAGUGAGGGUGAGGUGAGGUGAGUACAUGAUGAUUAUGAUGGCAUGGCGAUGCCCGAUGCGGAUGCGCUCGGGCGACGCUCCUCUCUCUCUCUCUUUCUCUCGCUACAUAUUCUUCCUCUCUCUAUCUUUGUUCUCCUCCGCCCAGCUUUCAGACGCGACACUCAUCGCACAUUCCCGUCAGGCCGGUAUCCGCCUCGGGCUUCGCCGAAAUCCUACGCUACCUCUCUGAUCUCUCCCCCGGCCCCGAGAGCACCAGAUUCACAACGCGCCCGCCGUGCCGUGCGGCAGCUGCCUUGGCCUAGCCUAGGUGCGUGUGCCUGCGGAAGCUGGUUGCUAGCUAGUUGCUGCUCGAGCUACUAUCUGUUUCGCGCGGUGAUCGACAAUCCGGCAGCGGGAGCGGAGCUAGGAGUACGAGAGACACAAGGCCACGCGCGCGAUGAACAUGUUCGAUGGGAUGGAGAGGGCUGGGUACGGCGGCGGCGCUGGGCCGAUGGGCGGGGUGGUGCUGUCGCGGGACCCCAAGCCGCGGCUGCGGUGGACGCCCGACCUGCACGAGCGCUUCGUCGAGGCCGUCACCAAGCUCGGCGGGGCAGACAAGGCGACGCCCAAGUCCGUGCUGCGGCUGAUGGGAAUGAAAGGGCUCACCUUGUACCACUUGAAGAGUCACCUCCAGAAAUACAGGCUUGGAAAGCAGACCAAGAAAGACACGGGUUUGGACGCCGGCAGAGGGGCAUUCGCGGCGCAGGGCAUCAAUUUCUCCACACCAGUACCUCCUCCUAGCAUUCCAUCUACGGCCAGUGACAAUACGGGAGAAACGCCACUUGCAGAUGCGCUGAAGUACCAGAUUGAAGUCCAAAGGAAAUUGCACGAGCAGCUCGAGGUUCAGAAGAAGCUGCAGAUGCGGAUCGAGGCGCAAGGCAAAUACUUGCAGACGAUACUCGAGAAGGCCCAGAGCAACCUCUCGUACCACGCGACUGGAGCCGCAAACCUAGAAGCAACCAGGUCGCAGCUGACGGACUUCAACCUCGCGCUCUCAGGCUUCAUGGACAACGUGACCCAGGCGUGCGAGCAGAACAACGGCGAGCUGGUGAAAGCCAUGUCCGAGGACGGUCUCAGAGCGAACAAUCUAGACUUUCAGCCGUACCAUGGAGUUCAUGACGGGGACGAUGUCAAGUGCGCUACGGACGAAGGGUUGCUACUUCUGGACCUGAACAUCAGAGGCGGGUACGGUCAUCGGAUUUCGACGGAUCUGAAGAUGAAUCAACACAUGCGGUGAAAAGUUCAGUAGAAAGAAAGGCGAGGACAGUAGUUUAAUCUUGGGUAACCCAUCAAUCUAAGAGAAGAGGUGCCCUUGUGUUUGUGAGAAAUUCUUUCGGCCAUCUUGAUUCCUAACGAUGCUUCUUUAUGGUGAUGGUCAGCGUAUUGCUUAUGUAAAAUUUGGUGAGAGGCUCCGAAUAAGGGUAACUAAUCUUAUACAAGAUCUUUAUAUAUACUUGGAUUUGU